AUGCAGAGAUGGAAAUUCCAAGGGUAUAUAAGGACGAGGAAUUCUGCAAAUCAAGUAGCUUGUAAUUCAAAUAUGCCAGACUUAUUUGAUAACUUCUUUAACAAAAUCUCCUCCUCCGUGAAUGGAGGAAAAACUACCCCAAGGUAUCUGGGCAGCUCCCAGGUAAAUACGGGAAACUACUAUAGCUACCAUAUGAACGGUAGCAACAACAAAUCGUGGAUGACUAGCAAGGAAAUCGAGAAUUCAUUCAUAAAAGCAGAAGGUGAUCCUCCGAAGCCAAGGUUGGGAUCCAUCUCAUCUAUGGAGUCUGACUCCAAAUCGAGAAGCAGCAGUAUUUCAGAAUAA